ACAUAGGAUCAUGGUUGGAACAGGGCUAAGUGUUGUAGAUGGGUGCGAUCGGAGAAGGUUAGACACAGGGCGUACUUGUUGGUUGGUCAUACGACAAGAAAAGUUCAAGUGAUUUGAAGAGCUGAACAAGAACUGUACAACAUCAGUUCAAUACAAGUUUCUCUUCAACCCCGAUUACUUUAAAUACUUUCCUCAGUUCUAACAAUAAACUCAAAAAGUUUUUUUUUAAAUUGUGUCUGCUUGAGCCGACUCAGCUAAAAGAUGAACCGGCACGUGUUGGUGUUGCUGUUGUAUUCUUGCUUCUGGGCAGCCGAUGCCAGGAUAGUUUCUACAGAGCCUCCUGCUGAUGUAAUGCUGAGUACUGGUGAGCUGCUGAGCACUGAUCGACAUCUGGCAGACGACAGUGGCGCUGACGUGACUGAUGGAGCUGCACCAGCAGACGCCGAGCACAUGACGUCACCAAGUGGCACAGGUCACGUGUCCUUGACCUCAUUAGAGGUGACAGACCAGACAGACAUCACAACGGAUGUGACGUCAAAGGCGGUCGAUGAUACUUUGAGCAGUCCUGGCAAGUUUGAGAAGCUGUCCCCACCCCACAUCAGACAACCUGUCACACAAGAGAGGAGGGUCAGAAAGUCUGGCAGCGGUGACGUCAUACAGUGUGAGGCAGACGGCUACCCGCCACCUACUUACGAGUGGCUGAGAAACGACGUCGCCAUUGACGACGUGGGCGACUACAUGAAAGCUUUCAACAACGGCACGCUUGUGCUUCAAGGCUUCACUGAUAGGGAAAGUGGGAUGUUCCAAUGUAGGGCUAAAAAUAGAUUCGGCACUUCCGUCUCUGUCAAGUUUCCAAUCCUUGCGACCAAGGAUCCAAUCAUAGGUGAUGACGGUAAAGUUGAGGCCUUCAAUGUGUCUGAGGGCCAAUCCUUCCAUGCCUACUGCGCCCAAACACCACACACAGUGCCAGACUACAUCAAGAGAUGGUACCAGCACCCCGAUAAAACACAAAUUAACCCCGACAGCCGGAUUGGUAUUGAUAACAACGGUACUCUACGUAUUGUAAACGUCACCAAGAACGAUAACCAAGCAUAUGUCUGUGGACUUGCUCCGUUUGAUAACCCAGGGGCUACAAUCAUUUUUCUCUAUAACAAAGUCUCGAUCAAUGUCCUCGAGUCAACAUCAGAUUACAUGCGCCCAAAAAAGGAAUAUGUUCCCGCCGUUGUUAAAGCUACACUGGGGAAGACGGUGGAACUGGAGUGUUUUUUCUCGGGCUACCCAGCGCCGAACAUCACAUGGAAGACCAACAAAGAUCAGGACAUUGAAAAAGGUGAAGGUCAUUACGAGAUUACAGAUUUUGGCCGGAAGUUGAGAAUUGAACAAGUGAGAGAGGAGGACGAGGGGACGUACUCGUGCACGGCCAGUAACGAUGCCGGGUCGGACGAUGCCAGGAUCUUCCUCAAUGUGACAAAUUCACCAAUGAGAUUACAUGAAGCAGAUUAUGUACUGGACAGAGUGACCAAACCUUCCGGCCAGAUGGCCACAUUGAAAUGUUUUGCCAGGGCCAUGGAGGGAGAGAACCUGGAGCCACCUGUGUGGUACAGGAAUGGGGAGCUGCUCACUACAGACAACUUGCCAGACAAAACCAGGUACAGUUUUG